AUGAAAGAAGGAGAAAGCAACAGUCAUAUCAAUGAGCCUGUCAAUGCCGUUGAGAAGAAUCUGAAUGCGCAUCAAGAGGCUCAAGCUGACAGUACGUUGAGCAAGAGCGACAGUGCGCCCAAGACGCGUCGUAAUGGCCCCAAGAAGAAGGCCAAACCAGCUACAACUGAGAAUGAGAGCAAGGAGAAUGUUCAGCAAACAGAGACUGAGGCGUUGAAGGAAAAGCCCAAAAAGAAGAAGGCUAGAAAGCCCAAGAAGAAGGUCAAUCAUGAAGAUGACAAGGAGAAUGUGGUUCCUUGUGAGGAUGGACCAAACUCGAUUCCCACAUCCAAGAGUGCUGAUACUGCGGAUUCAAAGCACAGUGAAACCGGCAUCAAGAGUAGCAAGAAAGCGAAUGGAAAGAAGAAGAAGGCAUCUACUACUAGAGAGCCGCUCUCGGAGGUCGCCAACCAAGUAUUGGAGCAAGGGGAAUAUUCGAUUGACUAUCAGAGCUUGCAUGAUGCCCUUCGCGAUCCAUUCAUUCUGGAUGAAAAACGUGGUCCCAUCUACUUUGCCCCUCUCACAAACAAGAUCAAGCAUCAUCAUGAGAAAGCAUCACCCAAGUUUUCCUAUUCGACUUCAGCAACUGGAGAUGCUUCAAGAAACUCAAACAAUUCAUCCCCUAGUGCAAAAAAUCGUCAUGCAGAGAUCCCUCCUCCUGCUUUCUUGACCACCGAAAAGCUCGGCAAAAAGAAGAAGGCUGCUAAAACCGCCAACAAUGAGAAAACCGCCAUUGCCAAGACCAAAGAGGCCAAGACAAAGGUUAGCAAAAAACCAGCUAGUAUUACCAACGUUGAAGAAACCCCUUCCUCUGUUGCCGUUUUGGAAACCAAAAAGCCCGUCGAAAAGACCAAGCCAAGCGAUGGUAAAAAACAGAAAUCAAUCACCACAUUGGGGACACCUGUCAAGCCCGUCGUUUUCGUCAAAGAAGAAAAGAGAAAGACAACUGUCAUUUCCGCCAAAAAGACAAACCAAGUGACUCAAGACGAGAGGAAACAAGAAAUGAAGGAAAUCAAAAAGGGGAUGAAGAACAACAGCCAAGAGGACUAUUGCCACCCAAACGAUAUUAUCCACAAUGCAAAGACAAGCCGAGUCCGAUUUGACCGUUACCUGGAUCCCAAGAUAUGGCAUGAAAAGGUGGGGAAGGGGCUUUUGUAUAAGGGUGUUUUGCGUAUCAGCAAGCGUAGUCGUAGUGAUGCCUAUGUCACUUGCGACACCUUGGAUUCAGACAUCUUUAUCAAUGGGCAGCAUGACCGCAAUCGUGCGUUGGACGGGGAUACGGUUAUUGUGGAAUUAUUGGAUCUCGAGUCUGUUUGGGCAAAGAAGAAGGAAUCCAUGGCUCAGAAGCGUGAGCAGAGACACAGCACAGCGGUUGAAAGACCACCUCAAGACGAAGGACAAGAUGAUAAAGGUAAACCCAAGUAUGUUGGUAAGGUGGUUGCCAUCGCAGCUACAAACAAGAAUCAAGUCUGCUCUGGUAUUCUCUCAAUCCAUCGAAACGCACCUGCGCCUGUCAAAAUGCCAAUCCAGGAGAACGAAGGGGACACCAGCACACCUGCGGAGAAUGACGAUGAAGAUAGCAGCGAAACUGCAAAUACACCCGACAACAACAAGCAUAUUCGCCUCGUGUGGUUCAAGCCCACAGAUACUCGCAAACCCUUGAUUGCUAUCCAACUCAAGCAUGCACCUGCUGAUAUUCUCAAGAAUGAAGAAAAGUACAAGAACCUGCUCAUGGUUGCUAGAAUCACACGUUGGCCCAUUGAUUCCAUGAACCCUUUUGGCACUGUUUUGCGUGAACUUGGCCAUAUCGGUAAUAUCGUUGCUGAAACUCAAGCAGUGCUGCAGGACAAUGGCAUUGUGGAGCAGCCAUUCGGCCAAAAGGCCCUCAAGGGAUUGCCUGAAACGCCUUGGUCUAUCUCUCAGUCUGAAAUCGACAAACGCCGUGAUCUUCGAGGUACUCGUAUUUUCACUAUUGAUCCCGCAACUGCCAAAGAUCUCGAUGACGCCGUUCACGUUACUAAACUCGCAGAGAAUGAGUUUGAGAUUGGCGUUCACAUUGCGGAUGUAUCUCAUUUCGUUCAUCAACAUACUGCUUUGGAUCACGAAGCUUUUGAUAGAGGAACUAGUACUUACUUGUGCGAUCGUGUCAUUCCCAUGUUGCCUGCCUUGCUAUGCGAGCAAUUGUGCAGUCUGAACCCAGGCGUUGAACGACUUGCUUUCUCUGUUAUCUGGAAGAUGGAUGGUGCUGGUAAUAUCAAGGACACAUGGUUUGGUAAAUCUGUCAUCAAAUCUUGUGCCAAGCUGGCUUAUGAAGAUGCUCAAAGCGUCAUUGAGGACCAUGGCUUACCCAAGACCGCCUCUGUCAAAAUAUUCAGUGUAUCAGAAGUCGAACAAGACAUCAAGUAUCUCUACGCCAUCUCAAAGCAAAUGCGCGAACGUCGUUUCUCCAAUGGUGCCCUUUCGAUCAACUCUAUUCGUCUUUCAUUCAAGCUGAACGACCUUGGUGAGCCCUGUGGUGUCUCUAUCUACGAGCAAAAGGAUGCCAACCGUUUGAUUGAAGAGUUUAUGCUCCGUGCUAAUAUGAGUGUUGCAGAGAAAAUCGCCAAACACUAUCCCAAUGAAGCCCUCCUCCGUCAACACUCGCCUCCUCAUGAAAGAACUCUGAACGAAUUCAUCAAGAUUGCCGAGAAUUUAGGAUACUCUUUCGAUGCUUCUACCGCUGGUUCCAUGCAAAAGUCUUUUAGUGCAAUCGAAAGCGAGGAUGCCAAAGCUGUUUUGCGCUUAUUAGCUGUGAAGCCCAUGCAACGAGCCAAAUACUUUUGUACUGGUACUUGCGACAUGGUCAAGUACAGACAUUAUGCAUUGAAUGUGCCUUUGUACACUCACUUUACAUCUCCCAUUCGUCGUUUUGCUGAUAUCAUUGUCCAUCGCCAACUGGAAGCCGCCAUCAAUAACAAGGAGUCCUGUGGCUACCAAAAGAAAUCAGUUACUUCUGCUGCAACUCAUUGCAAUGAACGCAAGGAAGGUGCCAAGAACUCUCAAGAUAUGAACAUCCAGCUGUAUCUGGCCCAUUACCUCCAUAUGUUGGAAACCCAACGCAAGAUGCCUGUAAUCUGUGCUGCCAUUGUUACGCAAGUAUUGAAGGAUUGCUUCGAAAUUUUGGUCCCUGAGUAUGGUCUUGAAAAGCGUAUUCACAUGGAUGCUCUGCCCAUUGAAAAGUUUGUCUAUGAUCCCAAUAAAACAGCUUUGGCUGCUUAUUGGAAAGAGGGCGUUGAAUCCAACAGAGAAUGGGAUCACAACAGAAAACUGGACGAUAACUAUGUGGAGCCCUCUGGUACUCAACUCUCUUACGGCACGGUCAGUGAUGAAGAAGACGAGGACAACGAUUAUUCAGUUGCCUCAAAGCUUGCUUACGAAAUUCCCAAAGAAUUGCUGAGCGAUAACUUGAUCGAUGAAACUACCAAGAUGCAAAGAUUUGAAUCCUUCUCAAAGUUGACUGUUAGAAUCCAAGUCAAUGUCGAACGCUCCCCACCCAUUAUCAACAUUUAUCCUGUUAAUCCGUUCAUGUAA